GACUAACUCAAUCUUCUUCGCUCAGACUUAGCCCCCGAAGCUCCAAUACCAAACCUAGCCGUCACAACGAACAGAAAAAGGUUUGAUGGGGGAUCGGGGUUCGAGCGCGGCGAAACCGAUUUGGAUGAAGCAAGCGGAGGAGGCGAAGCUGAAGAGCGAGGCGGAGAAGGCCGCGGCGGCGAAGGCGGCGUUCGAGGCCACGUUCAAGGGUUUGGAGAAGAAUCGCGAGAAGGUUGGGGGUGUCGUUCAAUCGGACAGCGAGUCGGAGGAGUACGAGGACCUGGCUCAUAAGCCAAUUGGACCCGUCGAUCCCUCCAAGUGCACUGCCGCGGGGACCGGGAUCGCCGGGGGAACGGCGUGCGCUCCGUCAUCGUUUGUGGUGGUUGCUAAGGACGCCGAUGAGAGGAAGGUUUCCAACGGGGGUGCGCAAAUCAAGGUGAGGGUGACGCCUGGGUUGGGUGUUGGAGGGUCUGAGCAAGAAGGAAUGGUGAAGGAUAUGGGCGAUGGAACUUACACUGUGACAUAUGUGGUGCCCAAGCGAGGGAAUUAUAUGGUCAGUGUUGAGUGUAACGGGAGGCCUAUCAUGGGGAGUCCCUUUCCUGUGUUUUUCAGUGCAGCAGGUAAUGGUAGCGGAGGGCUGCUGGGUUUAGCUCCUGCAUCUACAUUUCCAAACCUGGUUAAUCAAACUAUGCCCAACAUGCCAAAUUACUCUGGGUCAGUUUCAGGGGCAUUCCCUGGAUUGUUGGGAAUGAUUCCAGGGGUUGUUGCUGGAGCUUCUGGGGGUGCUAUUUUGCCUGGCAUUGGGGCCUCACUUGGGGAAGUUUGUCGAGAUUACCUUAAUGGGCGUUGUGCAAAAGUAGAUUGUAAGUUGAAUCACCCACCUCAUAAUUUGCUUAUGACUGCCUUAGCUGCGACAACCUCAAUGGGAACACUUAGCCAAGCUCCUAUGGCACCUUCUGCUGCUGCAAUGGCUGCAGCUCAGGCAAUAGUUGCUGCCCAAGCCCUUCAAGCGCAUGCAGCUCAGGUGCAAGCUCAGUCUGCGAAAGAUUCUUCUGGUUCUCCUGAAAAGUCUAGUAAAGAUGAUGCAUUGAAGAAAACCCUUCAAGUUAGCAAUCUUAGCCCUCUUCUCACUGUGGAACAGCUAAAGCAACUCUUUGCAUUCUGUGGCACUGUUGUUGAAUGUACGAUCACUGAUUCAAAGCAUUUUGCUUAUAUAGAAUACUCAAAGCCUGAAGAGGCAACUGCUGCUCUGGCGUUAAACAAUAUAGAUGUUGGGGGCCGCCCUUUGAAUGUUGAAAUGGCGAAAUCACUUCCACAAAAGCCAUCGGCUGUGAAUUCUUCACUUGCUUCAUCAUCUCUUCCUCUGAUGAUGCAGCAAGCUGUUGCAAUGCAACAGAUGCAAUUCCAGCAAGCAUUGUUGAUGCAACAAACCAUGACUGCCCAGCAGGCUGCUAAUCGAGCUGCAACCAUGAAAUCUGCCACAGAGCUAGCUGCAGCCCGAGCCGCAGAAAUAAGUAAGAAAUUGAAUCCUGAUGGACUUGAAAGUGAAGCAAAAGAGGCGAAGCAAAAAUCCAGAUCUCCCUCUCCACCUCGUGGAAGAUCUCGUUCAAAAUCAAGAUCUCCUAUCAAUUACCGGAGAAGGAGGAGAUCUCGCUCUUAUUCACCUGUUCGUCAUUCUAGGGAUCAUCGUUCUCGGUCACCAUUGAGGUCCCAUCAUUACUCGAGCUAUGAAAGGGAAAGGCGCUAUAGAGAUAUUAGGGAACAUAGUGAUAGAUACAGAAAACGAGAUUUGGAUAGAUCACUUGAUUAUCGUUUAUCUGCUUCUAGAAGGAACAAAAGUAGGAGUGUUAGUCCUCAUACACGUAAAUCAUCUAUUUCUCCAAAACGUCAUAGAGAAACUUCACCUCAUAGAGCAAGGAAACAGUCACGUGCUGAUUCAGGCUCUCCAAGCCGUCACAGAGGUAGGUCUUCUCCAAAGACUGAUGAAAAGAAAUUAAGAAACAGAAGGCGCUCAAGGUCAAGAUCAUCAGACGAUAAUAGGCUUCUCUAUAGCAAAAAUGAAGAAAUCUUGCAUGGAAAAUCUAAACAUAAAGAGAGAAGGCGAUCCAGGUCAGUGUCUGUGGAUGAAAAGCCUCACAGAAGGAGCCGGUCAUCGCCAAGAAAAGUGGAUGAAAGUAGAUCCAGAUACAAAAAACGCUCAAGGUCUAAAUCUGUGGAUGAUAAGCAUGAUUCACCUGAGAGAUUGGAUCAAAACAGAUAUAGAAGAUCAAGGCAUAAUGAUAAAAGGCACUCUAGGUCAAGAUCUACAGAAAAUAGGGAUCAGUCUGAUGUCAGGGUGGAUGAAAGCAAAAAUGAAAAGUCAAAACAACGGGAUUCUAGAAGGGGCAGGUCAAAAUCUGUUGAAGGGAAGCAUCGCUCUAAAGAUAAAUCUGGUGAAAGUAGAGAUAAGAAAUCAAAACAUCGAGAUAGAAGGCGUUCAAGGUCAAUAUCAUUAGAAGGUGAGCUGGACAAAAGAGGCACUUCACCCCAUAUUAAUUUGGAUGAGAGAAAUUUUGAACUGAAACAGUCCAGUUCAAAGUUCCCUGAAGUCAAGCAUCACUCCAGUGAUAAAUAUGCAAAUAGAGAUGAAAAAUCAGAUCAUCAAAAGAAAACCCCACCUAAAUCAAAAUCAGAACAAUUUGAUGGGAGUGGGUCCUUCCAAGGAAAUUUCGAGGAUUAUGAUUCAAAGGAGAAAUCACAGUCUGAUUCUGGAUCUGCGGAAGUUAAGCAUAAUUUGAAUGAUGGAGACGAUGCUACCUGUGAAGAAAACUCAAAACUUUCUGGAGAUGUCAAGGACUCAAUCACGCUUAAUGAUACUGGGAUGCUGACAUCAGUGAAUGGUAACUACAGGUUAGAAGGGUCAAAUGAAGCUGAUGAUAACCCAGGAUGGAUAUGCGUGGAAGAAGUGGGAAAUGUAAAAUAUUAAGCAAACAUGGAUUGGGUUAUUGGUUCCAAAUGAUAAUCCAAAUUCUACCUGGCUUUCUGAUAGUGCUAACAAUAUAGCUAUUGGUACAGAUUUCUGUUAUUUGGUCUUGAAUGAGAAGUAUCUAAGGAGCAAGGAUAAUUGAAGCUCACUACUUACAAAGCUGAUCAGGAAGCGGUGCCACCCAACCAAGACUGCUAUUGUUACUUGUCACUAUAGUAUAAUUGCAAGGAUCAUGACUUUCUAUGUUGAAGAUUUACUGAGCAAGAUCUUUCCGAGGAAUUUACAGUUUCUUGGGAGGGUUGCGAUUCUUAGGAUGAUGCCUCCACUAUUUGAUUGGUCCCCAGAUUAUUCUCUGUUGGCUUAUGAACAUCUUCGGUUGUUUAUUUCUUUUUUGCAGGUCUGGUUGGAAAAGAUCAGGUGUAGAAUCCCACAGCUGUUGGUGUGGUUUAAGGUUUCAAGAAGUUUCCUGUUAUAGUCAUGAUCAACAGUGCAUACUGCUUGAUUGAUGUAUGUUGGAAUGUUAUUUUAAGUAUAAUAUUCUUUUUAUUAAAGGUUAUUCUCAUUGAAAUCUGUUGGAGCUUUGAGAUACAAUUAUGCUGGGUUGAUUUUUCUCUUGUGUAAAUGAAGAAAUUGUCAUGGUUAGGUAAAGCUUCUAUUAAAGGUCAACUGAACCUGGAUGUUGCUGCAAUGAGUUUCACCAUGUUGCGUUUGAGAAUUGGCUGAGUUACAGUUUUUACUUAAGUAAAUGCUGAAAUGCAAAUGAUUUCAACAGGUAAGCAUUGGAUAUGAUGAUCUUAGAGCUGCUGCAAAUUCUCUUCACCAGAUGAUUGUGUGAAGUAUGUUCUUGGAAGUCCUCUUGGUGUUUUAGUUUCCUUUCUUUGCACCACCUGGUGUAGUCACACCAAUGUCAUGGCUUCUCCAGUUGGCUCUUAGGCUUUAUCAUACAGUGUUUGUUCAUAAUUCUGCAUGGUUUAAUAAAAUAUUUUAACAAUUUCAAGGUUGGGCUCGAAAUGGGUAGGUUCUGAUCUAGGUUAUUGUCGAAUUCUGAAUUUUUUGAUGCGUGCCCUUCAGCAUAUGCAAUGGGUAGUGGCUAAUUGAGCAAAGUGCUGGCACGUUGGUGAUUCAGGCUCUCGGCGAAUAUUUUGAUCGAAAUUUCCCUCUCGAAAAUAAAUCCUAAUCAUUUAGAGCAAAAUCAUGUUGAUCGAUA